AUGUCGGUCCUGGGUAACCGGUCGAACUCCUCUUUCUGACCGUUCAAUUGCCAGCGCGCCUUCCCUCUCUCCGAGUCUUUCUAAUCUCCUACCAUGACAUACCCACUCAGUUUGCCUGCCCACGGUCCUCUCAUCACACUUACGCACCCCAAUGAGUCUCUCUGGAUCAUCGAACUGCACCACUCGAAUGACAACCGCUUGACACUUGAAAUGGUUGACUACGGUAUCAAGCCCGCUCUGGACGCCGUGGAAAGAAACUGGCGCGAACAGUGGAGGACCGCUCAGCAGAACAAGGAUCAGGAAGGGGCCAAAGGAGCGCUGAUAUUUGUUGGUGCCAGGAACCAAGACAAGUUUUUCAGUAAUGGACUUGAUUACCCUAGCGUUAUCGCCAACCUUAACUUCUUCCCGGUUACAUAUAAUCCUCUUCUUGCGAGGCUGUUGACCUUCCCGAUACCAACCAUCGCUGCUAUUAAUGGACACUGUUUCGCUGGUUCAAUGAUGCUGGCUCUGGCAUGCGACUACCGUGUCAUGACUGAUGGUAGCAAGAGACGCGCAUGGAUGUGCAUGAAUGAGGUCCUAUUUGGUGCUAUCUGGCCUCUCUCAUUCGCAGCCAUCCUUCGUGCCAAGGUUGGUGACGGUCGGUUACAAAGGAAAAUAGCGUUAGAAGGCCAUAAAUUCACGCCAAAAGAGGCUCUGGAGGCUGGGCUUGUGGAUCAUAUCGUCUCCGGGAACACCGCUGAUGUGUUGGCUAAAGCAGAAGAAGUAGCAAGAGCGAACAGCGUAAACGCGCGACACGGUGUUUGGGGCUUGAUCAAGGCUGAUCUAUAUCGAGACACCUUGGAAAUGAUGCAGCAACAGUCGCGCCCGAUGAAUCCCCAACUCGAUGACGCAGCAGCACGUUCCCGUCUGUAGUGGAAACGUCUUGGCUGUCCAUGCAUAAUGUCAUGUGUAAUAGUAUUGCCAUUCAGAAUUCCAGUGAGCCUUGUGUGAGCCUCUGGAUCGUGUGCGACGCAAAUCAUCGGAACAAUCUCAUAAAGUUCUAUUGUGCCGGCAUCCCAAUGAAUACUCACGCACAGCUGCGGACGGACACGCGGCUCCCGGCUCGUUACCUGCUCAACGCCCAUUAUAAUAUCGCAGUUUUUCCGCAGUUACCUCAGUUAGCUUUCAAAAUGCUUCAAACUAGUGUUG